AUGAGUAUAAUUCAGAGAACCUCAUAUUCGUUGGUAACCCCAACUACACCACACUCCAUAGAAUCCAUAGAGCCAAGAUCCAGGAUAGGAUCUACUAUAUUGAUAGAAAACGAAACGAUAGAAAAGAAAAAGACUGACAUUAAAUUGGCAUCAAAGACGGUAACCAAAAAGUUUCUCAAAAAAGGGCCAGCUAAAAGGGAGAAGACUUCAGAAGCUACAAGGACUCGUGUUAAAAAAGGACCACUAAAGGGGGCCAAGAGUCCGCGGAGCAAGGUACUGUCGCGAAAUAACUCGCCGACGAUCGUAAAGGACGGGAAAUCCAGGGGAAGUUCUAGAGAAGCGUCACGGAGGUCGAGCCAGAAAUUCAAUUUCCGUGAUCGCUCCUCUAGGAGUUUACUUCUCGAUUCCCCAGCGAAUCGGACGAGUUUGUUCUCUUUGGCCUCGGAUAUAUCCCUUUCAUCCAGAUUAUCCACGAGUUCGCGAAGACACAAAAGCAGGGCUAUCAGAAGUAAGUCAUCAAUAACCAAGACAGGAUAUUGGGGUCGCCAUAGGAUACAUCUUUUAAAAACGGAGAAGCCACAGGAAGCAGAUGAUGUGCAGAAAGAUAACUCAGAUGCGGACAAUACACAAAUAGAAUUUGUGGAAUCGUCAGAAUCCGAUUCGGUAGAGAUAAAUACUAUCUCAGAUAGCGAUUCUAGAAAGGCUCUUACUAGCAUUUUAUCAGGUUCUGAGACCGAAACAGAGUCUACUCUUUCGGAACUGGAAUGUGGCCUUGAAGAACCAGAGCACGAUGGACAAGCUGAGAGACUUAAUUUUCUGCAAAUAUUUGGCCGCCUUCCCGACAUAAACCUCUUGUCGGCUAGCGGCAGUGCCGAGAGUGUAGAAGUACCCAAUCAGGAGGGGCGAUUCCUGCCAGCCUUGGACGUAGGAAGCUAUAGAUCAAGAGAGACGGACAGCUCAACGGAUCUCGAAGUGGAGGAAGAAUACAUCGAAAAUCCAGACCUAAGAACAUUCAGCUCUGAAAUCAGUCUAGGCAGUCUUACCGAUGGUGACGAGGAAAUCGAAAUCGAAAUAGUGCCACAAAAAAUACCGGAUGAGGAUGUAAGUGAAUAUUUACUGAGCAUUCGUCCCAGAACAACGAUCUUCAGUGAUACCUCGCCGAUCGAUGAUGAAGUCAGCUUGGCCAACGCGGAGGUUAUCGAAAACUUUCUUAUCGUCAUAAUAAACGAAGUGGUGGAGUACGCUGAAAGAACUUCAGUGCGAAGGGGGCGUGUAAGUCGACUGCUGGACAAGGAGAAAAUGCUGGAGGAGCUGCAUCAUUUGGUCAUCGACUACCAAUCCGAGCUGCACCGAAACCACGGUCUCGAAAAGGUCACUACGGAGUAUUAUGUGAGGCGUAAGGAGUUCGACCUGGUCAUCGUACCCAAGCAAAUCGAUACAAUCUAUCGCGAGCGACUUAUAUCAGCUCAAGUGGAACUCGAUAAUCGCUUGGAGCAGAUGAAGCAGACUGAGGAGUUAUGUCACAAGCAAAUUCAGGACUUAACCGAGGAGCUCGCUGUUUCUCGCAGCCUGAAUGCCGAGAAAGUCACCCAAUUCGAAGCGAAAGUCAGAGAAACUCUCUGUAAAGAAGGUUGCGAUCACUUGAAACUGGUCAUUGAGGAUCUGUUUCGAAAAAUGAACACAGUUCGCGAUGAAAUGUCUCAUAUGCGAGGGGAAUUGAUUUUCAUUCAGCACCGAUUGCAAGCCUUAAAAAAUAAAUCGGAAAAACUGGAAAAUCUUGGUAAUGGUUUGCGAGUUCUUGAAUAUAUUUCCAAUCAGGGCAGCAAUUACGCGCUGAAACAAAAGCUUGAAGAUAGAGAUUUGGAGCUGAAGCGGUUGCGCGAACGUCAAAUUCACGCUUUCCAUGCGAUGGCCCAUUGGAUGAAUAAAAAGAAAAUGAACGAGGAAUUGCUGCACCCACGAAAAAAAAAUCCUGAAAAAAUGAAGGCUAAGCUAAAAUCGCAGGAGCAACUGAAGAAGGAUCUCCGGGAUAGUCUCUUCAAGGAAAGGGUGCAACACAAGCAUCUAAAAAAACAGACUACGAAGCUGAAAACAGCCGGCUGUCUGAUGCAUUAUCCGGAUUUGCUGCGGGACUACGAUGCAACUGAAAGCCACUUGAGGACCAAGCGAGUGUUGGUCAGGAAGCUCUACAUAGAACACAACCGCCUGGAACAGAAAAUAUCAGAGGUUGAUGCCAGUAUUGACCGUUUUACCUCGGCACUGAGAUCCAAACAUAGCUUUUUCUUCGGCUCCUUGAGGUUUAGCAGACAAAGGAGGCAAAGUUAA